AUGGCUUCUCAACUACUCCCCCUCGAACUCAUCGACAAGUGCGUUGGCUCGCGCAUCUGGGUCGUCAUGAAGGGUGACAAAGAAUUCACCGGGACGCUAGUGGGCUUCGACGAUUACGUCAACAUGGUUCUUGAAGACGUAACCGAGUUCGACUACUCUGGCACCCACACAAAACUUAAGAAGAUCCUGUUAAACGGGAACAAUAUUUGCAUGUUGAUUCCCGGUGGCGAAGGGCCAACAGGUAUAGCCGCAUCAUGA